CUUUUUGAUUUAAUCACGAAUACGCAUGCGCUGCGCAAGAGAACACUAUAUAUCUUAUACAAACUAAAGUUGCCUGUGACCUAAAUUUUAUUUCGCAAGCCGUAAGGUAGUAUAUCAUAAGACAAGUUUGAAAUGAGCUUGUGGUGUUAUCGUGAUAUUGAAAUUUGUUCGACAAACUCUCAAUUUAUUAGGCUUCAAUAAAGAGGACGUUGGUGUAAGGAUUUGAAUAAUGGUGACCAGUUAUUGAUAAGAGCUGAACACGUUGGGAUGGUGCCUUAUCGGUUUUGGCCGUUUAUUCCGCUGCUACUUUGCAUUUAUGAGGUCAACAGUCAAGCAACGGAUGUAGAUGUGAAGCUGGUAGCACCUAGUUGGGUGGCACGAGGCGGUUCAGCGAAGCUACGAUGCCUCCACCAGGUCCCGCCGCAGUUACUCUACAAAGUGGAGUUUUUGCGCUCCGGUGCAAAGAUCCUGCAAUAUGUCCGAGAGCGGGUACCACCAUACACCAAUUACACCUUUCAAGGAGGAAAGGUUAAUAUGUCUCUCGUAACGGAAAACUCCAUCACCUUGGAAAAUUUGGACCCUACUGCAUCAGGGCUGUAUUGGUGCGAGGUGUCAUUGGAGACGCCUAUUUUCACGGCAGCUUCACCUCCUCAUCAACUAACGGUUGUCUAUUCUCAAAAGCACCCGCCAAUAAUAACUUUCGGAAAGCCUGAUGUUGUGGUUGGAGGAUUACUUCGAGCGAACUGUACUAGCGCCCCGGCUGCCCCCGCGCCCAAACUCAUCUGGUACAUUGAUAAUGAAAAGGUGCCCGAAGACUCAAUUAAGUACUUCUCAUACCGCGUAUCAAGUUCCACCAGGACAAAAGGAGGGGGGAACCGACACCGGAAGUACCAGCAUCGAUACAUAGCACCGGAGUUCAACUACACGGCAAAAUACUGGGCGUUGGUGAGUGAGACGACCACCCCGCCUCCUGCGAACCUUAAACACAGCAAAUGUACUUUGAAGGACGGCCACGAGGAAGUCGCGAAGAUUGAAAAGCCACGUGAAUUAGCUCCACCACCUAUAUCCUUAUGGGUGUCCAUUGCUGAGUUACGGACUCCAGCCCAUGGGCGUUUGCAGCUCACAUGUACAGCGACCAUACCCGAAGAAGUGGGACCAGGCGAACGUUUCGCGGAUAUUAAGAAGCAGACUGUCACUGUUGCAGUGAACGAGCUGACUUUGAAGAAACCUCAAUCGGAUACAAGUGUCGCAAACGGUACGGCAACCACGCUUCACAAUUUCACCCCGAUUUGGCUUAUUGGUUACAGUUUCCUUAUCCAAGAGCUUAGAAUAACCCUAGUCUAAAUUCCCUAAGAUUAGAUGCAUAAGUAUUUUUGUAAUUAUGUUCGUCUCACUUUCAAGGUGUACGGUUGUCCUUACAUUUGCUCUUUUUUAGAAAUUUAUCAAUUAUUUAAACAGAGACGUAUUUUAGAAAGUACCCUAUUUAUGUGAGCUUCCUUCAGGUCAAUUAAUUCUUUAUGUACGUAUAUUUUUGUAUAACAGAGUUUAUUUUACUUAGAUAACGCACUACCCUCUAUAGCGUAAAGAGCCAAAAGAUAUAUUUUAAAACGUUAUUUAUCUUCAAACUAGAUCUCAGCGUCAAAUAACUAUUUUAAAGACUGCAUAAGUUAGUAAAGAUUUUUAAUUUUUGUAUAAAAUACCAUUUGCCAAUGCCUUUUGCUACUUGGUUCGUACAUAGUCCUUCCCGUCCGCUUCUAUCACCUUUCAAUAACCUGACCAUAGAAAAAAGGACAUGUAUCUAAUACAUUUAAUCUUUUCGUGAGCUAUUUAGCGAUUUUUGUGUUAAACUCUAAUGAUUGCAAAUGCGACUGUAACAUAUUUGUUUGAAAAAUCAUACUUUAUGGUGGUGUUUCAUAUUUAUCAAAUAAAAUAUAGGGUUACAGAUGUACCUUUUAUUAAUUAAAUAGCAUGAAGCAAAAAAACUUUUGUCCUUUUCGUGUUAGGAUAGACUUAAUGUUGUAAAUACAACUACUGAUAUUUUUAUGUUCGAUUUUGUGCUUUAAGGACUUUUAUACUUAAAUAUCCUGCGCAUCUAGUACCUAUCUGUACCUGAGCUUACUGUCUAUUAUAAAAAUUCAUUCAGUAAAGAAAUAUAUAAAUUUGUAACAACGUUUGUAUCAAAAUCAUUUUUCAUAUACACCAAAUAUUAUAUACCAAAUAAAGAAGUUAAAGAUUGUUCUCGUCAACUCGAACUUCUCAUCACUUUCAUAUCUAGUAAUUAAAUAUGGCUUUAUUCCUCUAAAUUCGAUGUUUGAAUUAGUUUCAUGAGGUAUAUAGUGUUACACUGAAAAUUAAUAAUAGUGUUUGCCUCUAUGAGAUUUUAUUUUUGUAAUCUAUCCCAGUAGAUAAUUUAAUGUGGAUUGCAAAAAUCGGAUCUCGUAUGAGGCGUUGAAUGUCUUCCUGCAGCUCUAUACACUGACUAUUGUAGAUAUUUUUGUUGCUGGCUGAUUCAUACAAUGACUGUUAAAAAAUAAAGCUUUUUGUAUUCAUAUAAAUAUCAUUUUGUAAUUUAUUUUUUAUUAUUUGAAGCCAGUUGUAUGAAUCAGCUAUUAAGUUACGAUGUUGGGCAUUUUCAACUGCAUGUUGGUUUAUUGCAACAAUUGCGUUUCAUAGACGAAUAAAGAGUAUGUUUUAACAGUCGAUGCACAUUUGAUUAACGCAUAAGACUACCUUAUUAUGUACAGAGCAUUUGAACUUUUCUCUCAGCCAAGAUGAUAUAAUUGUUUUAAUUUCUAUAUUCUCUCCCUUUAUUCAUAAAAACAGUCUAAUUGCACUGUUACAACUUAAGUACUCUUUUGUCUGUUAUUGUCAAAUUGUCUUUCCGCUGGGAUGAUAAGAGACAGAUGACUAGACAGAUUUAUUUUUUAAUCAAUAUGUAUAAUAGUACGUCAACAAUAGAAUUGUUUUAAUGUAGAAAGUAAAAUAUAAAACUCAAAUAGUUCUGAGGUUUGCCACACAUCGUAACUAUGCUACAAGAUGUGAUAAGUGUAUUCAGAGCGAAAUAUUUUAAAAUAGAUCAGUUAUGUAAAGAAAUUAUAUUAUAUAAAGUGUUGAUAUAGAUAUAGAAUUAAGAUGUAUAUUAGAUAAAUGUGGUUAGGAAGACAAGAAUUAUUUUCUGCUUGCUUAUUUUAUUUUAAAUGUAUCUUAUCUUAUUUUAUUAUAAAUUCUUUGUCGAAAUGUAUUGUAAUGAGUUUUGUACAACGAUUUAGUGAUUGCCCUAAAUGAAAUUAUAUUCGAUUUCGAUAAAGUAAAUAGUUAACGUAACAAUACGUUAACGAUAAAGUAAUUAGUUAGUUACAGUAGAAAAUAAUUUUUGGCUUCUUCAGAAAAUAUUUUUUUUAUCCUCUGGCCAUUUUAAAUUAUCUAUAAUCAC